AUGACGAGAGUUAUUCCAGUCAUCAAGGCGAAGUUCCCUUCCGCGAGCAAACGUGUCGUGCUUCAGCACGACAAUGCGACUCCUCAUGGCGGCCUGACCGAUGCUGACGUCACGAGCGUUUCGACUGAUGGGUGGUCCUUUGUUGUGAGAUGCCAGCCAUCAAACAGCCCAGAUCUCAAUGUCUUGGAUCUGGGUUUCUUUGCUUCCAUCCAAACACUGCAGUACAAGUUGGUCAGUCGUUCACUGGGUGAUGUCAUUUAUGCAACAUACGCCGCCUUUCAACUCAGCGGUGGGGAUACACUAGAAAAGGUGUUUCUCUCAUUGCAAGCGGUCAUGCGCCUAGUUCUGGAGAACAAUGGCGGCAACCACUUCCGCUUGCCGCAUAUGCGAAAGGAUGCGCUGCGUCGUUCCAGGGCGCUCAUGUCCAAUGUCUCUCUCGAUUAG